AUGAAGCUUUCCACCUUCCUCCUCGGAGCUCUGGCUUGUGCUGUUUCCGGCUCUUAUGCCGGCUCCCUCGGCCCUAAUGCGCCUUACUGCGCUCUCGGCGCCACCUGUGAAAAUACUCCGCAGGACUGCUCGGAUCUUGGAGCAACUGGAACAGAGUUCACAUCGACUCCUAUUUACAAUGAUGCCGGCGAGGUUUGCUACCAAUGCUGCAAGGGCUAG